AAAUUUCAACGAGUUCAACCGCUUGGUCGUUUGGUUUAUGUUUACACGUAAUUUAUGCUGUCCAUUGAUACAUUCUCGAUACGAUUGUUGAUAAAGGAAUCGAUGUGAAAACGUGUGUAUAUUAUUAUAAAUCGUGAACAGAUAAAAUGGAUGUGCAUGAGGACGACCAAUUGAUAAUUCGUGAAAACCCAUUUGAUUCGGACCACUAUGAUGUUAUAUGGAAGCCUCGCAAGACGUUUGCAGCGAAGGAAUAUCGUUCCAGGCAAAAGCCAUCUACUGUUGAAAAUAAACUGAAGUCUUACAAUGAUAAGACUAGCAACGAUAUCAAAAAUAAUAAGGAUAAGGCGAUAAACUAUACUUACAUCGAUGAAUACUGUAGGGUGUCUGGUCCAGGCAAGACGAGAAACGAGGAAUCGAGACCUGCGACGUUGAAAACAACUACGGGGGAAUUCGGUCGUCCAAAGGUGUCCUUUGAUACAUUUGUACGACAUCAUAUUGGCGGAGGCGGUACCGAACGUACUGAAUAUACCACAGCACAACCCCUAACCAAGGAAACCCGCGAAUGUCAAAGAGCUCAAGGAAACACAUUCUACAGAUGUUCGGGAAACCGCGAAACUACGCCGUUAAGGGACUGUUAUGAACAAGAUGAGAUUACUUUGAAAUGCUGCGGUCAUAAUGUCGAAACAUUAGUGGACUACUGUACUUGCAUGUUUUGUGUUAAGGGUAUUUUCUACCACUGCGCUGAAGAUUCGUCUCGUUCUGACAGGGUAUUAGACAAUCCUUGCUCGUGUUCACCUGUGAACACGGGUUGUUUCGCUCGUUGGAGCUUGUUGGGAUUACUUUCUGUAUUUCUACCAUGUCUCAUGUGUUACCCGGUGGCAAGAGGUUGCACGGGUGUUUGCAAAUGCUACAAAGAAGGAGAGUCACGUCGAAAGAACCGACAUAAUCUUCAAAAUCGUGAAAUACCAACGUAACCCCCUGUCUGUAAAAGUCGGACGAAAGAAAUUACAUAUCGACUUCACGUCGACGUUACAGGUUUGUGGUCAAAGUUUGGCAUGAGUUUCCCGCAGAAGCGAUAUGGGGAUCAAAUUACUUUGAAACUGCAAGAAAAUUACGCAGCUGAUAUAUGUACAGUGUACAUAGUACGAAUUAAAAUGUUAACCAUCAACCGUCUUCUCAAACAUAUUUAUACAGCCAGAUAUUGUGCUUGUAAAUAAUAAAUUUGU